AUGAGGCCUAUCCUUCUUCAAGGCCAUGAACGGUCUUUGAACCAGAUCAAAUUCAACCGCGACGGCGAUCUUCUCUUCUCAGUGGCCAAGGACAAGAUUCUUUGCGUGUGGUACUCGGCCAACGGCGAGCGUCUCGGAACAUACCAAGGGCACCAGGGUGCCAUUUGGACAGUCGAUGUCAGUCCCAACACAGUGCUCGCCGCCACGGGCUCGGCAGACAACUCGGUUCGCCUGUGGAAUAUCAAGACCGGCGAGUGCGUCAAAGUGUGGGAGUUCCCGACUGCCGUGAAGCGAGUCGAGUUCAGCCCCGAUGGAAGCCGCAUUCUGGCUGUGACGGAGAAGCGCAUGGGUUACUUGGGAACGAUCGUUGUGUUUGAUAUCCGCUACGGUGAUGGCGAUGGAAACGACCUGGACGACCAGACGGAUGAGCCGAGCUUGAAGAUUACUUGUGAAGACAGCAAGGCUACUGUUGCCGGAUGGAGCUAUCUCAGCAAGUUUAUCAUUGCCGGACACGAAGACGGCACCGUCAGCCAAUAUGACGCCAAGACUGGUGAGCAACUGGAAAACGUCGAGGCCCACGAGGCCGAUAUGCAGAUCAACGACAUUCAAUUCUCUGCCGACCGCACAUAUUUCAUCACAGCCUCCAAGGACAAAUCCGCCAAGAUCCUCUCAAGCCGCAACCUCGCCAUUCUCAAGACCUUCCCCGCCGACACCCCUCUCAACACGGCCGCCCUGACCUCGAAAAAGGACUACGUUAUCCUCGGCGGUGGCCAAGCCGCCAUGGAUGUCACAACGACAUCGGCGCGCCAGGGUAAAUUCGAAGCCCGCUUCUACCACAAGAUCUUCGAGGACGAGAUUGGCCGUGUGCGCGGCCACUUUGGUCCCCUCAACACUAUUGCCGCUCACCCGGCUGGCACCGCCUAUGCCUCUGGUGGAGAGGACGGAUACGUGCGUGUGCAUCACUUUGACAAGUCGUAUUUUGAUUUCAUGUACGAGGUUGAGCGGGAGCAGUUGAGACGGUAA